AUGAAGAAACUGGAACGUAAAAUGUUUGGCGAUGUUUGUUGUUGGUUUAAAACGUUUGUUGUUCUCACUGUUUUUACUUUGAUUACGGCGAUUGCUGUGUUUCCAUUUUUUAUCUACAAUUUGACAACUACGCUCAGAAACGCAUCUAAUCAAUCAUCUCAUCGGCUACCAACGAGUGUCAAACCGACGAAUUAUCGUUUGUAUAUCGAUGCAAGUCGACUUGAAGAAUUCAUUUUUCAUGGAACAGUUGACAUCGACGUUCGAAUAAAUCAAUAUGUCAAUGAAAUUGUUUUGAAUAGUGCUGAGUUGAACAUCACGUCCGUUCGAUUUCGAGAAGAUGGAUUCGAUUCUUUUCUUCGUGGAGCAGUUCAAUAUCAGGAAGAUCAUGAACAAAUUAUCAUCAAAUUUAACCAAACACUGAAUAUUGGUAGUGGACGUUUGUCGUUAGCAUUUGAUGGAAUCAUAAGCGAUCAACUUCAUGGGUUUUACCGAACUAAAAAUCAUGAUCAUGUCGGAGCAUGCACGCAAUUUGAACCGGGAUAUGCGCGCCGUGCAUUUCCUUCCUUCGAUGAGCCAUCUUUCAAAGCGAAUUUUUGCAUUACUAUCCGUGCUUCCAAAGAAUUAACAACAUUGAGUAACAUGCCGAUUAAAUCUAAGCAUGAUGGUGGAAACGACACGUAUAUCUACGAAUUCGAAUCUACACCAGUGAUGCCGACCUACUUAGUCGCUUAUGUUAUCGGACGAUAUGAUUACGUGGAAACACGCGAUUUAAACAAUGUUUUGAUUCGUGUUUAUACGCCGGUUGGAAAGAGUGAACAAGGCGAAUUUGCUCUGAAAACAGCAGCUAAGAUUCUUCCCUUCUUUACUGAAUAUUUUGGUAUCAAAUACCCGUUGAGUAAAUUGGAUAUGAUUUCCGUAGCAGAUUUUGGCUCUGGAGCAAUGGAGAAUUGGGGAUUAAUAACCUACCGAGAAACAUACUUACUUGUUGAUGCACGUACUUCGACACAGAAAACACGACAAGAAGUAGCGUUAGUUGUUGCACAUGAAUUAGCACAUCAAUGGUUUGGAAACUUAGUCACAAUGGAAUGGUGGAAUGAUCUAUGGCUGAAUGAAGGUUUUGCAUCGUGGAUUGAGUUUCUCGCUGUUGAUAAAGUUUAUCCUGAAUAUGAUAUCUGGACGCAAUUCGUGUCCGAUACGUUGUCGACUUGUAUGAUUCUCGAUGCACUACAGAAUAGCCAUCCGAUUGAAGUACCAAUACGAAAACCAACUGAAAUCGACGAAAUAUUCGAUGACAUCACUUAUGGGAAAGGUUCAAGUGUAAUUCGACUACUUCAUGCUUUUAUUGGUAACGAAGCUUUUCGUCGUGGUCUAUCGAGUUAUUUAGCAGAAUAUGCUUACCAAAAUGCCGUUACGGACAAUCUUUGGCAUUAUUUAUCGAAAGCAUCAAAUAAAUCUGAUCUGUCCGACGUACUGUCAUCAUGGACAAAACAAAUGGGCUUUCCUCUGCUUACGGUAAAACAAGAACAAAAGGGCAAUGAUCGUUUGUUAACCGUCGAACAGACGAGAUUUCUCGCCGAUGGAACUAGAGACGAAAAGCUACGCUGGAAAAUACCAAUCAGUAUCUGUACACAAUCGCAUCCAAAUGAAACCGCUCAUGAUCUGUAUCUUAAUGGAGAAGAGAAACGCACAUUUGUAUUGAAAAACCUUUCAGCAAAUGAAUGGAUUAAAUUAAAUCUAUUCAGUGUCGGAAUAUAUCGUGUGCACUAUUCUUCGUCAAUGCUUCAAGCAUUGACUCCAGCUAUUCAAAAUCAUGUUCUUUCGCCCCAAGAUCGCUUUAAUAUUCAGACGGAUGUUUAUGCGUUAGCACGAGCAGGCCGCGUGGGUUAUGCUGAUUAUUUAAAGCUACUUCGUCAUGCUUACAAACAUGAAGAUAAUCUAACUGUUUGGAAAUCCAUUGUACGGCAACUAACUGAACUUAGUUCGAUAUUUGAAUAUGCGCGUUUCAAUAAUACGAAAGCACUCUAUCAAACAUAUGUUUGCGAUCUUCUAGCGAACAUCUAUGAGAAGCUCGGAUGGGACGCAGUGCCAAAUGAAGGCGCACAAGUGCCCAUGUUACGUAGUUUGAUCUUAACACACACAGGUGUUAAUGGAUAUAAUAAAACACGGUAUGAAGCUCACAGGCGCUUCGAAAAGUUUUCGACUCAAAACAACGAUCAUUAUUUGAUUAAUCCAAACACCCGUGCGGCGAUUUAUUUAACCGUUGCCAAAACCGGCAAUCGACAAAUAUUCAACCAAUUAAUAUCGUUAUACCGCCAAGCUGACACGCAAGAAGAGCGUAUUCGUUUACUGACUGCACUAUGCCGGUUUGACGAUGAAGUUCUUCAAGAAGAAGCACUUCAUUUUGUUUGGAACACGACUGAAGUUCGAAAACAAGACCAUUUAACUGGUUUUGCAUCGUUAGCUUCGCAUAAUCGACGUGGAUGUGAACUAUGUUGGAAGUACAUGCAAGACAAUUGGCAACAUAUUGAAACGAUCUAUGGGGCUCGUGACACACAUUUGCUUCAUUUUAUCGAAACCAUACCUGCGUUGUUUAUUAGUGAAGAGCGAGCUGAAGAAGUUCGAAAAUUCUUCGCCGCUCAUCCGAAUUCGUUUUUGGAACGGUCGAUUAAAAAAGUACUGGAACAAAUCCAUAUUCGCCGUCUUGUACUUGACCGAAACGAACUUAGCAUAAACGAAUUUCUAAGUCUUUGA